AUGUUGGUAUUGAACUGGGGCGGUGACGUUCGCGAGGUCCGGAUCCAUUACUCGUUACCAGCUGAGAAUUCAGCUGGUCCAAUCAUGCAACGAACACGUCAGCCCAUCUGGUCGAUGGCCCCCUCGAGAAUAUUGCUUCGCGAGGGAUCCAUUCCAGAGUUCUUAGUGUCCAUCUGUCGUCUGUCCCUCUCAUUAUAUGACCAGCCCAUCGAUGCUUUGCCAUAA